CCGAGGUAUCAGCACACAGACGCUCGCCAUCCUAUUUUGAUUUAUUAUAUUCGGGGAAGGGGAGAAAAACAACAACUGGAUGCCGGAGAAAAACUGGAUCCGCUGUGAGAUCACAAGAAAGCGCGAUCCAACAAAGACAACUCCACUGUGAUUGAUCUGUAGCCUUGAUGCGCGUGUCCUGGACCUGAAGCACGAGCAAACUCCUCAGACUCCUCCCUCCUCCUCCCUUCGGUUUCUCUCAUCCUCUCCCUCCCCCCCCGGUCCUCUAUGCUCAGUUCGGUGUGUGUAUCCUCUUUCAAAGGGCGCAAGGGUGGGAACAAGUCGUCCAACAAAGCAUGUUACAGCGCAGACAUGACUUGUCCGUCGGAAAGCGAGAAAAUCGUGAUAAACUGCGGCGGGGUGCGGCAUGAGACCUACCGGAGCACCCUCAAAACGUUGCCCGGUACCCGUUUAUCGUGGCUCACCGAGCCGGACGCGUUCAGCAACUUCGACUACGAUCCCAAAUUAGACGAGUUUUUCUUCGACCGCCACCCGACAGUGUUUUCCUUCAUCCUCAACUAUUACCGCACCGGGAAGUUGCACUGUCCCAACGAUGUGUGCGGUCCCCUGUUCGAAGAGGAGCUGGCUUUCUGGGGUAUCGAUGAGACGGACGUGGAGGCGUGUUGCUGGAUGAAUUACCGGCAGCACCGGGAUGCGGAGGAGGCACUGGACAGCUUUGAGAAUCCAGAACCGGACGCGCUGGACGACGAACUGGCGCUGGGCGGCGCGGAUGGGGACUUGAAAAGACUGUGCAUGCAGGAGGACGCACGGAAAGCGGGCUGGUGGAAAACCUGGCAACCCCGAAUAUGGGCACUGUUUGAGGACCCGUAUUCCUCCAAAUAUGCUCGGUACGUGGCAUUCGGCUCCCUGUUCUUCAUCCUCAUCUCCAUCUCCACCUUCUGCAUGGAGACGCACGAGGCCUUCAACACCAUCCUCAACAGGACGGAGAACGUCACGGUGGGCAACACGACCCGCGAGGAGAUCGUCUACGAGGUGGUGACCGACAGCUGGCUGACGUACGUGGAGGGCGUGUGCGUCAUCUGGUUCACCAUCGAGGUUCUGCUGCGGGUCACCUUCUGCCCAGACAAGCUCGAAUUCUUCAAAAGCAGCCUCAACAUCAUCGACUUCGUCGCCAUCCUGCCCUUCUAUCUGGAGGUGGGCCUGAGCGGGCUGUCCUCCAAAGCUGCCAAGGACGUCCUGGGGUUCCUGCGUGUCGUCCGGUUCGUCCGUAUCCUCCGAAUCUUCAAGCUGACCCGCCACUUUGUGGGCCUCCGUGUCCUGGGCCACACCCUGCGUGCCAGCACCAAUGAAUUCCUCCUGCUUAUCAUCUUCUUGGCCCUCGGAGUCCUCAUCUUUGCCACCAUGAUCUACUACGCCGAACGAAUCGGCGCGGACCCAGACGACCCGACCGCCAGCGCCCACACCAACUUCAAGAACAUUCCCAUUGGAUUCUGGUGGGCCGUCGUGACCAUGACCACACUGGGCUACGGAGACAUGUACCCAGAGACGUGGUCAGGGAUGCUGGUGGGUGCUCUGUGUGCCUUGGCGGGUGUGCUGACCAUCGCCAUGCCUGUACCUGUCAUUGUCAACAACUUCGGCAUGUACUACUCUCUGGCCAUGGCCAAACAAAAGCUGCCCAAAAAGAAAAAUAAACACAUUCCCAGAGCACCCCAACCAGGGUCGCCCAACUACUGCAAGCCAGACACCCUGGCUAUGGCUACUGCAUCACCGCAAAGGCUCUUGGGAAAUGUCCUAGGUGGAGUGAUGGGGCCGAGUGGCAAUGGGGGAGACUGUCCUCUAGCCCAGGAAGAAAUGAUAGAGAUUAACAGAGACUCUAAGCAGAACGGCGACGCGGCUUCGGCCGCCCUGGCGAACGAGGACUGUCCCACCAUCGACCAGGUGCUGAGCCCAGACGAGAGGAGCCCUAUUGGGCGGGGGCCGACUCGGGAGCGCUACCAGCAGGACCGCGCCUGCUUCCUGCUCAACACCAGGGAAUUCCGUGCCACAGAUGGGAAUGUGCGGAAAGAGGCAGCAGCCGUGGCACCCAGCCCAGACUCCCCUCUGACUGAGGAUUUGUAUAAGAUGGAAGGGUCUCUGUUACAGCAAGACCUCAAUGCAAACUCCACCACCUCCUGGAUCAAACCAUAGCCCAGAGGCCGCCACUGCAGUUCAAGUGUAACUAAAGCAGGACUGUAGUGUUAAGUUUCUAGCAUUCGCCUUCUCUCUAAUGAGGAGUCAGUAACCGGUAAACACAAAUUUCUGGCGGGAGCCACGUAAGCGUCCAGCGACAGGAUGGACGGUUUAAAGGAGAUCUUUGGGCUGACGAGAGGGAGACCAGAGGUUAAUCAUCUAUUAGAUAAUCACACUGCUCCUCACGUUGUUACCAAAGCAGCCUCUUGGAACUCCGAACACAUUUUUGACAACUGUCUGACUGACCUUUUUUUCUCCCCCUUUUUUUCUGAAAACUGACAGAGCAUUGCACUGACACACUUUUUUGGGAGAGAAACGGACUCCCGGUUACACAUUCCAGAUGACGUCUCUCUGACAUCAUUGUACUCGACAUCCUGUACGACGACCGACUCGGUAUCGUAGGCUACAGCGCUGAACUACUGAGCAACUUCACAUGUUUUUCCGAAAAAGAAAAAAAGAAACACUCUUCUUCACAAAGGACUGAAUGAACAAUGUAGCAUCUCUGCUAACAUAUUGUAGCAUUUGUUGGCUGGGGAAUAACUUGACUUUAUCCAUCAACAGUUGGAAGAGAGAGGAAUUUAUGCAUUCGAGGGAUCUUUUAGAUGUCAUUUUCCUCUUAGGUUCCUUUCCAGUGAAGAAAAAAAGAAAUCGAGUACAUGAGAGGCAAAGGAUUGGUCUUUCAGUACAUAUGAAAUCAAUCACAAAUGCACAGUAUUUACCAACACCCAUACUAUAGUCCCAAGUUCAAGUUUAGCGAUUGCAUAGCGUGUUUGCCACUGAACCUAUGUCUUCCAUUCUCUUCUAUCCGACUGAAUCACUGCCCUCUUCACGAGUACCACGAUAAAUCAAAAAGCAGCACUAACUAUGAAGUUGAUCAAAUGAAGCACAUGUAGCAUCAGCUCAAACAGGUGGUGUAUGGCAUUCACUGUAUACGUUUAGACUCGCCUGAAACAUUCACCGAAAGAAAAUGGUGGAAAAAGACAUCUCUUUAUCUCUCAUGUACUGAAUUGGCUGAAAGCCUAAGUGGAAUACCAAAAGGUCCUGUAGCAAGCACUUGCUGAACGACCUUCUGUAAUGUAUAGUAGAGAUUCGGAGGAACAUUCCAAUGAGGGUGAGGCUUGUCCUCACCCUCACACUGCCCACUGCUUCUGUUUGGUACAAACAACAUUCCUCUAAAAGUACUUUAACUGCCACUAGCAUCUCAUAUAUACAUAUAUAUAUAUAUGUAUAUAUAUAUAUAUGUAUAUAUAUAUACAUAUAUAUAUAUGCACAUUAAAAUAUUCCAAGUGUUUUUGUGUCUGACUGACACAGUGCUCACUCACGAGGAGCAAAAAGACUCAAGGAGACAAAACAAAAGUCUUACAGACAAUUGUCAGUCUUUCUUCAAUAUCAAGAGAUAUUGGCCUGCCUAAAUUACACAAAAAAGGACAUCCUUGCCACAAGGAUACUUUUUACGUCAUAUAAAAACUGUCCAUUAGCUGGAAAUUCUGUGUUAUCAUUUUUAAAUGGACCAAUCAAAUAAAUGCUUCUCCAAAACCCGAAGCCGAACACUGCCACUUAUAAACACAAGAAUCUCAAGUUGAAUACUGCCCCGUCUCUCUCUUGUCCCUCUUGCUGCCAACAACCGCUUCUGAGGCAAGUCAAUGUCAAGAUAAGGAUGGCCCAUCCGGGGAGCCCUGAGGCGAACAGGGGGCAACGAGAAGAAAUGGACCGAGAGUGGAAGUGUACAAAGAGAAAAAAAAGAAAUCUAUAUUUUGAUAAACAAAUCGACUAUCCGUGGCUGCGGAGGAAGUUUCUGAGCAGAAAAAGGUCCAACAUGGAGAAAACAAGAAAAUAAAAAGAAAUGCAAAUGAUAGAUACAUUUGGCAUCAUGAAAUGGAGUCAAAGACCUGGAGAAAAGAUGGGGUGUGGAUAUUUUGGUAUGGGAUGUGGGAGGAUUCAUUUCCCCCCACAAGCACUGGGAAAAAUCUUUUUGAAAGACAAUGAGCAAUGAGCGACUCUUGCCGAUAAAGACACGCGGAUGACAAAGGAUGGACGCUGAGAUAAACAAGUGAAAAGAAAAAAAAAGAUAAUGCAUUUUUGUAACUUUGUUUACCAGCAUGACUAGUUUGCAUGACUGUCUUUUCUGAAAGCCCUUAGUUGAAGACAAGGGUGCUAGAGAUACAAAAAAAAAAUAUAUAUAAAAUGAAUUAAAAAAUGUCUUAUGCAAUUAAUGUUUAAAAAAAGAUUAUAAUGAAAGAGAGCUAUAUUUUGUUUUGAAAAGUAAAAAAAAAAAAUGUAAAUAUUGAAACAUGUAUGUUUGCAACGUACACCCUGAACUCUGUUUUGUUUGAUGAAAUCUCUCUGCUACUUCUACUGCCCUACAUCCCCCAUUCCAGUGUUCUCCGACCGUCGCCAUAGUUUUACUUUGUUACGCAUCGAGCAGUAUAUUUUCGAACCACUCAAUCAAACACUGAUCAUUUGCCAAACUAUAGCAUUUGCGCAAAAGAUGUUUGUCGUUAAUCACAAAGUCCAUGUUUUCCUCCUCGACUCAUUUGCACAACUAUCGUAGCAGCAGCAACAACAACCGCAGCAGCAGCAGGUCUUAAAAAAACAACAACAAAAACAAACAGCUCUCCAUACCACGCCUUUGACUGCCUGAAUAGUACACAUAGUUUUGCUUUUGCUUUUUCUUUGGCAAUAUGACAAGAGUUGUCACAUGAUUGUAGCAGGGCAAAUGGAGAACCUGGAGAGUAUCUCCAAUGCCUCAGUGAUAACAAGAUGUGCAAAGGCCUUGGAUAGCCCACGGCGGGAUUCUGCUGGGGUAGGCAGUUCUGAUCCACUCGUCCGAAGUAGAAAAAAUGGAAGACGAUGGAAGAUACGACACUGGCGAACAAUCAAGAGAGAUUUCAGGUUUGCAUGGAACCGACUGCCAUUCCAAAGUGUGUGUGUGGUGUAAAGGACUCAGGUGUGUUGAUGGUGUGUGUGGACGUAGGUGUUUUCUUUCUAACAUAAUAAAUUCUAGUAUAUAGGUAAACGAUAAUGUGAACACCUCACGUGAUGUGGAAAAAAACGCAUGCAUUAUGACUUGAUAAUCUCUCUCGGGGGGGAGGGAGGAGUCGUAACAUAUCCCCUUAGCCUCCUGUCAUUGUGCGUCAUGAGUCCAGUCCCGAUAACUAUGAACACUGUGCCGUGUCGUAGAGCAGAAACGUCUUCCUUCGAGAGGCAACUGAAAACUACUCGCACUCACAGUGUCAGCAUGAGUGUGUAGAGGUAGCUCGUCUUUGUUUUUUAGUUCUUUAGAUGGUCAGGUCUUUGCAACCACAAGAGUUACCGUCAUCCCGCCGGCUUGUUGGCAGCUCGUUGCAGAACACAACGCAGUCCCGUGAGCACCGAUCAAAGAGACCCAGAGCUUCCAAAACGAUGUCAGUGAAGUACUUUUAAGUUACGUUUUGCGAGAAAGAGAGAAUGAGAGAUACCAGUGUCCACCAAGGGGAGAUUGAUGUUAAAAAAAAAGUUACGAAAAAGAAGCACGUCAUUGUCGAGUGCUCUGCAAGCACCUCAUCCUUGGUUUGGUAUUCUCCGUGAGUUUCAGGCCCUGCUGGUCCAGGGCUCAGCUCAGGCAGCUGAAUGGUCCGCUGUCCAUUCCAAGUCCAUUACGGUCGGAGGCUCGCCAGAAUAGCGUGUGAUGUAGACGACAUGGACUAUUCAAGGCGAUAUAGGUUCCAGAGCUUCUGUCUGUUUGCAAAAACGGUCCGUGGGUAUUUUAUUUUGGUCCCUUAUCGUUUUAAAAACUCCCGAUUUCAGUUUCCAUUAUGGAAGGCGUUAAGAAACCAACAGUUUGGCGUCGAUGGUCACAAAGAUGUGAAUGAAUAUUUCAGAGGUUAACUUCUAUUAAUGGUGUGCACACUUGCAAAAACUUCACCCAGCUGUUUGUGUUUUCAUGGCCGAGUCUUUUUCUUCACUUGUUUCUCACGUUUACGUUUUAUUUUCCAUCUCUUCAUUCUCUCCAUUGUGACUGCUCGUCUUUCCUUUUUUCUAUUGCGUAAUACUGCCAAUUGAUUUAGUCAUUUUGAGUAGAAUGUGUUACAAUGUUGAGAGUGCUAAGUCUGUUUUAUUUUCUAAAGGUCGCAAUCUGUUAUAAAAGGUACACGGUUUCCUUUGUAACACUCACAUAACCAAAAUAACGAGAAUGCUUUACAUGGUAAGUAGAUACCAUCGUUACCCCGCCGGCGACUUGGUGUUGUGACAACAUCGUGACAUGUCCUCUCCAGGUGUUUGGAAUAUGUUAUGUGGUCCCCGGUUGACACAUCCUCCACAAUAUCCUAUUGAUUUACUUCAUGUGUCUGUUUCUGUUGAAUAUGUUUCUUUUGUUUUUGUAAAUUUAGGACACUGUAUGCAAUCUGCACCGCGAAUGCCGCUGAUCGACACUUACUGUACGCUCCCCGAGACACAGACGUCCUGUCGUCAGUUCAGAUGAUUGCAAUGUGUCGUGGCUUUAUGGCUUUCCAUGAAGUGACUCAGCAAUCACACUCAUCUAAAAGUGUUUUAUUUUACAAAAUGUUAAGACCAGAGUUGUUUUUUCGAGGAAAUGUUAUCAUACUGAAUAGAUUUUCUCUAUACUUAUUAUCUUAUUUUAAUUAGAAAUAAUGUGACUAACACCACUAAAAUCAUAACAAUAUACACACAUCUAAUAUUACAGGCUAUAUUACAGGAUAACAUCAUGCAGUCAUGUAAGCAUUCCAAAGAAAAAAGAUGUUUGUUAAUUUUACAUGCCAUCAAAUUAUAUAAAACAGACUUAGGUGCCGGUUCAUUGUACUUGGGUCUUUGUCGGAGAGUGAAUGGGGAGAAGAGGUGGUCACUGGAGUAUCUGGUUGUGACUUAUGCCGGAUUUUAUUUUUGAAAUGUUGGGACACAAAGAACAACUCAUCAAGAACUGUAUAAAGUAUAUUUCAAUGGAAUGUUCAUGAUCUAUCUUUUUAUAUUUUGAAGAAAAAAUAGAAACAUAUCAAUAAAGUGUCAUAAUCGAACAUAUUUCCACGAUUGAGACUUAAAAUGUAUGAAUAUCAACGCGAUAUAAUGUGAACCAAUCUCCAUAGCAGCUUGGACGAAUAACUGAUUAACAGUCAUGAGAUGCUUUUUCAGAGACAUUAAAAUUGCUUUAAAUCAUUGAAAUGAACUUAAAAUAAAUGAAAAAGUGACAUCAA